CUGGCAUUACAACAAACAAUACAAUCAUCAAAUCUGAGAAGACUCUUUCGCGAACGCACGUGAACGGAUAAAUGCGUGUCGUCGUUAAUUGAAUACAGUUCGAAGUCGGUGUAGCGGGCGCGGGCUGCAAAUUUUUCUGCAAGCAGAGAGUGAAAAACCAAGACAGCAAAAUACACCAACAAAAAAGAGAAGAAUAACAACAAUAAUUUUUGCAAAAAAUUAGUGUAGAAUUGUUUUGAAAUCAAAAACUUCAUAUAUUUGGAAGGAAAUAAAUAAAACACAGCGAGAAACUAGUGUUAUACCUAUUUUGUUUUGCGAAAAACAAGUUAGUGAAAAAUUUGGUGUGCGUCGAGAAGAAAAAAUAAAAGUAAGAAAGAUAGGUUGCUCCAAAUUUAAUAAUAAAAAAAGAAACAACGACAAAAGCCCAAAGGGAGUUUGUGAAAGCAGUGGAAAGUGAAAAAUAUGGUGAAAAGUACAUGAGAUAUAGAAUUAUUUUUCCAAGCAAUAGCUGAGAAAAGUGCCGAAUUGGUUUUUGUUUUUUUCAUUUACUAAAAUAAAGUGAGAAAUGUUGGAAAAAAGUAAUAACAGUGCAUAAAAUUGUUAUUUUAUUUACAUUAACAACAAAAUUUAUUUAUGUGGGCCUGCCUGCCCCUCCUUGCGCUGAAUCUUUUGUGGGGGCUGCAUAGUACAUAAACAAACCAACAAACAAACAACAUAAAAUUGCGCCGACGGCGACGACUGUGACUGCAGCAGAGCACGGCGACAGUAGCAGCCGCAAAGCAGCAGCAAAUAUCAACUGAAGUAUAUAUGUGUUUGUGGCAUUUAAUGUGGGGUUUUACGCAGCGUGCCUCUCUGUGUGUGUUUUUUACUUUUGUCUCUGAGUGAGAGAAAUGAAAUGUGUAUAGUGCCCCAACAUCUGUCAAGAUCUUGUUUGGGCAAAAUAAGAAAAUCACAACAACGAAAUCUUAUUAAUAGACAAGAAUGUGUCAAAACCUGAAGUUAAUAUCAUAAAUCAUUUUUUAUGUUGGAGAGGAGGAUUAAUUUACAAAUUCAAUCGCAUUACAACGACAACAACAGCAACAAAGAAUACAAGAGGUAUGUUUCCCCUCCAUUCUCUUUAUGUGAAAUGUUUGUAAAUACAUAAGUGACGAACAAAAUUUAUCCGGUUUCAAAACGAACGCACCUCCAUACAAUCGAUUAAAUCACCUAAGGAAUUUCGUUCUCUUACCAUCAUGUAUGUGAGACGUCUUUGCCGGAGGAGGACCACAGCAAUAUAGAUAUUAAAAUGCAUCACUAGCCCUAGCUAAGACUUUCAAACUCCGGACUUUAUUUUGGACCAGACGGACUUACCACGACCGACAUUACUUAUAAAAAACAUAAACCAAAAAGCGCAUCGUAAGAGAAUUGCAGCCACAAAAAAUCUUCUAUGAUUUUUUCAAAGCAGUAAACCAAACUCUCGCUCUCUCUCUCUCUCAUUCCUAAAAUAAAAUCUCACUACACUUUAAGUCUGCCAGCCAAAAAAACAGGAAAUCUCUACUCAACCAUGGCCGACAAAUUACGCUCUUCAAACAUGUCCUCGUCCAUGGGCGCUGCUGGCGGUGGUUUGUCCACCUUAAUUGGUAACCCCACAUUAAUCUCGAGCACUCUGAGCACAAAUCAUCAGCUGACACCCACAGUGGAUUUAAUGACGGCCUCGGUACGUGAAUCCUCGUCGCCAACGGCUCUAAAUUCGAGCAACAACAACAGUGACAUGGAAUCCUCCAGUGAAUUUGCUCCAGGCACAAUAACGGCUCAAUUAAAUUUCCAAUUGCUGCCAACGACAUUGGAUGGCAGCAGUGGUGCAGGUGGUGGUGGUGGCGGUGCAACGGCCAUCUUUGAUUAUAAUUCAAUUAUGAACUCAUCACAAAUAUCUGCCAUGUCACAUGAUUCUCUGCAACAGCAGCAACAACAACAGUCAUCACAACAAAUUUCAAAUGCAGCCGCUGGGAAUACAACAACAAGUGCCAAUAACAGCAUGGCUUUGGUCAAGGCUGGAGCUGGCAAACCGGUAGUGGCUCAAAGUGUUGCCGGGAAAACAUGUCGUUUCCCCAAACUCGAAGAUUGUGCCCAUUUUCAUUACGAACGUGUACAAUUGGGUCCACUCUCUGUGCGCCUGGUCGAUGACAAAUCGGAAUUAUUAAACAGCAGCAUAGCAUCACAAUCCAUUGGCGGUGAUAUAGCCGGCAGCACAUGUUCCACCUCACAGGGUCCCUCAUCGUUGCGUACCUUUUCGCCCUCCUCAUGUUGGUUUAUCAUUAAAGUAUUCCCCCAUCGAUCGGACCCCUUUCUCGUGAAGCGUUCAUUCGAUAAUAUGCAAAUGUUGGAUGAAAUGUUACAUCGUUGCGUUUAUGAUCGUAAAAUAAGCGGCCUGAAACAUCUUUCGGAAGUGGAUUUUAAAAAUGAGGAGGAAGUCGAAUAUGCUGUGGCCAAGUAUUUGGAACGUUUUUCAAAGAUUGCCUCAGAUUCGCUGACCUGUGGCACCAUACUGACAUGGCUGCAAUUGGACAAUAAGGGCAGAAGAUUGCCACUGGCCGAUGAUGAUACGAUGAGAACAAUCAACACCCCCGCUGUGGGUGCGGCAUAUGGUGUGCGCAGAUAUCAGGCUCAGGCCUCAGAUGAAAUUUCCAUUGAAGUUGGAGAUAUGAUAUCUGUCAUAGAUAUGCCCUCGCCGGCCGAAUCGAUUUGGUGGCGAGGCAAGAAGUCGCAUUUACAAAAGUCCCACUACGAAGUUGGAUUCUUUCCACAAUCAUGUGUGGCCACGAUUGGUGAUAAGAUACCAAGACAUUUUCCCAUGCCAGCACCACUUGUGGGCCAGGUUGAAGUAUCGCCAACCAAACCUGUACUACGUAAACAUGGAAAACUUAUUGCCUUCUUUAGAUCAUUUAUCUUAUCGCGACCCUCCAGACGAAGACUUAAACAGAGUGGCAUUUAUCGGGAGCGUGUAUUCUCUUGCGAUCUGUCAGAGCAUCUGCUCAACAGUGGCCAGGAGAUACCAAUGGUUUUGAAAUGUUGUGCCGAAUUCAUCGAGGAACAUGGUAUUGUGGAUGGUAUUUAUCGUCUAUCGGGCAUUACAUCGAAUAUUCAAAAACUGCGUCGGGCAUUCGACGAGGAACGGAUACCAGAUUUGGGUAAUCCAGAAAUGAAACAGGAUAUCCAUGCUGUAAGUUCUUUGCUGAAAAUGUAUUUCCGUGAACUGCCCAAUCCGCUGUGCACCUAUCAGCUGUACGAUAACUUUGUUGAGGCCAUACAAGCAAAAAGUGAAAGCAACGAAAGGCUAAGACUGAUGAAGGAGACGGUAUUGAAACUGCCACCACCCCAUUACAGAACUCUUAAAUAUCUCUCGGAACAUUUAAAUAAAAUUUCCCAAUAUGCGGAACGUACCGGUAUGACAGAUAAAAAUCUAGCCAUUGUUUGGGCACCAAAUUUGUUGCGUUCCCCAGCAUUGGAGUCGGGCGGUGUGGCCGCUCUGCGUGGUGUCGGUGUCCAGGCUGUAGUCACGGAGUAUCUUAUCCGCAAUUGCCAUUUAAUAUUUGAUGCCUUGGAAGAGGCUGCAGUGCGUCUCAGUUACAUUGCUACCCAGGGGGCUGCCUCCUCCAGCACUGCAGCAGCUGAAAAUCGCAUGGAUUCCCUAACCGAUUGCGAAAGUUUAUUGGUCGAACAAAGGGAACACGAUCAAAGCACUGCCUGUGUAGAGCGACCCAAAAGUCUGAGUGCUGGCGGACCCAAACUUAUCAGCUUAGAAGAGGCUCAAGAAAGGCAUUUGAAAUACGAUGGUUUCGACAUGAAACAGUCAAUGCCCAUUAACAUGAUAUCUAGUGUAAAUUCAGGACAAAAUAUUGGCUCAUACAUUGAGGUCGGUGGUGGACCCUCAAGUUUGCCGGACAAAUAUCACACGGUGUUGUCGGUGCCACGUAGCUGGCAAAAACGUAAGACCCACAGCUGGAAGUCGCUGUUUUCACGCAAUCAACGACCCGUCAGCAAUGGAGCAGCCCAUGAUCUGAAAUCUUCCAUUGUGGUAACGGCCCGCAUCGAUGAUGACGAUGAUUCACACUCACCACCACCCAGACACAAAGAAACGCCGCAAGUAACCUUUGCCGAUGCCGACUGUAUAAUUGGUGUCAAUGGCAAGCCCUCGAAGAGUGCUCUAAUGAAACGUGAAGAGAAACACAAAUCAAUUGAGCUCUUUGAAACGUCACGCUCCUAUUGCGGCGAACCAAGCAAACCGAUUGAGGUGUGUGUGCGUUCGAAUUCCAUUGAUAGUUUACGUACGGCGGGUCAUUCACGUUCCGUGUCGCAUGAUUCAUACUUUGAUUUAUUGCAGUCGCCACAAAGGGGCAAUGUGACAACGUGUCCUUCAAGAGAACUUUCCGAACUGGGCCUAAACUUUGAUCGUGAGGAACCCGAAAUGCGUAUAUUUUCCGAAAGUGAGUCAUUGGUUAGUUCGCCAAGGGUGGGCAAAGAAAACAUACCGCCCUCAUCGGGCUCCACCUCGCGUCGCAUUAUGCGUGCCCGCCCAGAAGAAUUUUCCAGUCAAACCAAUAGCGUUAAUCCCAGCCCCAAGAAGCAACCACGUCUUAAUCUCUUGUUAUCGCCCAGUUCAGCGGCGGCCGCAGCAUCAGCCUCAACUACCACCGCCAGCACAGCUAGUCCUUCGAAUACCACAACAAAUUGGUCUCAACCUAGUGAAUGCCAUGGCGAAACCUGCCAUGAACACAACAGCGAUGAAAGCUGUUGCAAACGUUACAAAUUGGAAGACCAAUUGUCUGAUAUACAGUAUAUAGACUGUGGUACACCCGAACAUACUGUGGCCAAUCCCCAGACAUUGUAUGCCAGUGUUCAAGUUCAUGCUCCACCACCACCACCAACAUCCAGUCAAACUUCGGCGACAUCCCUCUACGCUGCAGGUUCCACAACGGAAAUUACCACCCCUACCAAACAAAGGCAACAAGUGCCAAUGGAUGCCCAAAAGACUUCGUCUAAUUCUAGUACCCGUUAUAGCUAUCCCUCUGUACAGUUGGGUUCCAAGCGUAAGGAUCAGGAUAAUAAUAAAACAACGGUGGGCAAUUCCAAAGAACGUUUUAGUUUUCCCGGAACGGGGGUGAGCAAUGAACGACGUCUAUCCAGCAAGGAGACCUUUGCCAAGAUGUUAGUCGAAGAAGUGGAGGCUGCGGCAGCAGCUUCAGCUGCCCAGAAGAAGGCAGAAGAAUCUCCACAAAUGAAAACAAGAACUGUUUCCUUUAGUGCCAAUCAAUCGACAAAUUCCAAUAGCUCUUCACCGAAACCAUCCGGUGGACAUCAUCAGCAUCAUCACUUAACAGCCAAACCUCAAUCAUAUGAUCUGCUUAAAGUUAAAAAUCGCAACAGCUAUUGUGUGACGAAUGAUGCUUUGCAACAACAACAACAACUGCUGCGCGAUAUAACCAAAGAAAGUAGUAGAGAUACGCACAAUCAUAAGCUGUCACAAAGUCAUCAUCACACCAAUGAAAUGGAACAAUCGAAGCUGUCUGUGACACCUUCAUCACCCAUACAAAGUCCCCGGUAUUCUUUGCUGGUGGGCGAUACAAGUUCUGAGAAUAGUUCAGCUGUAAAUACACCACAACAUGAUUUGGAUCCGCUAAUGGUGUCAUCAGCAAUGUCUGGCAUAUCAGGCAUUUCGGCUGCCUCCUCGAAUCAAAUGCAACAAAUGCUGUUGGGUGUGGAUACAGGCAGUUAUCUGGGCACCUCUGCUGAGAGUAUAGGAUCAAAUAUAAUCGAAAAACGUGAUAUGCAGGCUUUAAAACGCGAACUAUCCCUUGACCUCAAUCCGGUGGGUGGUUCCAAACUCACAGCAGAAUCUUCAAUACAACGCAAUCAUAAUUUAAUUUCACCCAAUUCCAAUUUCACCGACAACACCAGUCAAUCGGUAACGCCCAGUGAAUAUGGCUAUCAGAAUCUGCAAAGGCAAUUGAGCAUGCAUUCUCUCAUUGAGACCGAUGAAAACUCACCAGCCUAUGAGGAAUAUGAGAACACACCCAGUAAUCUGAAUUCUCCCCUAAAAACCUUAGCUAGUCCAAUUAAAUCCACCAUUAGCAUUACAUAUAAUCUUAAAAGUCCCACAAAGGAGAGACCCAGCUUUAUGAGGCACAAGGAAGACAAACAAUCACAUUCCACCAAACCAUUGCUGGAGACCUCAUUCGAUGAGAACACAGUCUAUGAGCAGGUGAAAUUCUUUAGAAAUUCUGUUACCGAGGUCAAUCAGCUGUUGAGUGAGGAUCGCAAAUAUCCACAAAAAGAACUGGAGAAUUUAGCUGAAGUUGAGGAAUUGAGUGAAAGUGAAAAGGAUUCGACACCAAUCGACACUCACGGUGAUGACAUACAAAUGUCCGAUGAGGAGAAAUUGUUGUAUGAAAAUGUGGAGAUGAGAAAACCGAAUAGUGUCUAUCAGAAUCUGAUGGGUGAAGAGAUGAAGGCCUUGCUCAAAGAGGAAUCAAGCAAUCCGGAUAGCUAUGAAGAUCCCGAGGUGGAAUUGGAUAGUUUGGAUAGCAUUAAGGAUCAAGAAUCCGAGACCAUAGAAAUUGCCAAUACUGCAAGAAGAUCCCCCUCGAAUUUUAGUGUCAAGGAAUUGGCUACCAAAUUUGAAGUCUCACCCGUGGAGCAAAUGCCAGCUUUUGAUUUCUCGGGCAACAGAAGUUCCAUAAGAAAACCUAAUACCUUGAAUACAGCCACACAUCCUGAAAGGUCUUCGAAACAUCACCAACAACAGCAGCAGCAAACGGCUAGCCUAAAACAAAAACUCAACAAAAGCCAACAAAUUACCAGAUCUCUGGAUGAAAAUGCUUUCAUACGUGAAUUUGGCAAUAAAAAUCUACAGGAACUGAAAAGCUCACAACAGCUUACACAACAGUCCGCCAAUGAGGCAGGAAAUCGUAGGAAAAGUUUUGACUUUACCAGACCAAAAACUUUAAAUCCACCCAAAAGACUGCCUGGUAUGCCCAUAACAGAGGAAUAUUGUGCUUCCAAGGCCAACAACGAUAAGACAACGCUUAAGAUUGAUUUACCAAAAGAAAAGAAUUUCAACAACACUCUAGAACAUGACUAUGAAACGGCUGAUUUGAAAAUCACCCCCACAACAGAAAAUCGCAUUUCUCUGAUACAAAAUAAUGUUCAUCCUGAAAAUACUGCCGAUCUUAAUAAUUCCAAUAUUUCAACAUCACCUACCAAUGCCGGCAAUGGAGGAGCCACUACACCUUCCACAAAUCUGAAAGUUUUGUCGGGUGUAAAAUUGGAUCGGGAACGCAUUGAUCGCAUUAAGGAGGAACGGCGUCAACAGUUGACUCAAAAAUAUCAUGCCGACUCUUUUAAAUCAAAAUCUAAAACAGAUUUAAAUCUUACCAAAAAUGAAGAUGAUAAAUUCUCUCCCGACAAUACUUCACUGAGAGUCAAAUCGAAAUCUCGAGCCGACAUGCGUACCCUACAAAAAGACAUGGAUAAUCUGAAAGAAUUUGGUCGUAAUCCUCCCUCAUCAGCGGUAUCCGAAACCACAUUGAAUACUCAACAUCGUGUGCGUAGCAUAUCGGAUGAAAAGAAUCAAAAUAGUUACGAUCAAACGAAUGCCAAUAAUGCCGGCGGUGGUGGUGGCGGUGAUUCAUUUAUUAAACGUUCACAACAUUCUCUAAACAGAGGCAAUACAACGAAACCCACAUCAACAUCGUCAACAGCAUCCAGCGGCGGAAUGACGUCUGCAGAUCAGGAGGAAUUUUCGGCACGAGCUACAGUACAAAAGUUUGAACGUAAGAGUAUGGAUUUUGCAAAUGGAGUUAAUUCCACGACACCAUUGGCAAGGGAACGUUCUUCUGUGAAGACAACACAUGAACUGGGCUCUACCGGACUGUCGCCAGCAGCACGUAAUAGUAUAUCAUCCAACCGUGAAAAAAUCUCACCACAAUUUUCCAUACGUGAUGUUACCGCCAUGUUCGAAUCUCGUUCACAAAAUCAGCAAUAAUUAAGUGGAAAAAUCUAAUGAAACAUUUAGAUGCUAGUUUAAUAGAAUAACCCACUCCAAACUGGGUGGACUAAAACAAAGAAAAUAAAACUCAUCUCAACCAUGGACGUCACACAAUAAUACUAAAAAUAAACAAUUAAAAAAAAAACAAGAAAAUAUUUAUAUUAUAAUAUUUAAACUUAUCAUAAACAAUUUUUUUGUGAACUAAAAAAAUUAUGUUUUAUAUAAGAUGAAAUAACAAAAAUAUUAAUUUAAAAAUGAUAUAGUAUUAAAACAUAAUAUAUUAAAAUACAAAAAAGCAUCACUCUUAACAAAACUAAAAAUCACACAUAUUAACGACAAGAAAGUAAAAAAAAAAAAACAAAUGAUAUUAAUAUUGAAAAAAAAUCUAUAUAUUUAUAUUUCUACUAAACAAAGAAAAAUCAUAAAAAGAUAUAUCCUUCACCCACAAAAAAUAAUGAUAAUAUAAAUAUUGUGGAUUAUAAAAUUUAGUAAAAAACACAAAAACAAUCCAAAGAUGUUUAAAUAUGUGAAAAGAUAAAAUGCAUUUCUUUAUAUACGAAAUUCUAUUAGAAAGUUUAUAACACAUGGGUUGGAUUUAGCUGAGAGUCUAAGCCAAGACAUUUAGUCAUUUGUUUGCCACAGAGAGCGUGAUAAGCAUUCCAGCUUAGAAAAAAUCAAUGCAUUUUCUUUAAGUUAGCUGCCUUGAAACCUAUAGCAAUUUUAAAUUAACCGAAUCUGAA